CAUGGUUACGUAUUUUUAGAUCCUCUUGCAUGUCAUUCUUGGCUCUUUAUGUCUAGUCAUGCUGAUGACAACGUCCCUCCCUUAUGAUUUUUUUAGGGUUUCUUUAAAUAUUUUUAUUUUGGCAACUUACUUUCCUUAAUACACUGAUUCUGCAAAGACAAUCCAACUUUGAACCUAUGAAUUCUCACUCAGAACAGAAUCUUCUUCUCAGAACAGAAGUUUAGCUUAUUCUCCUUCCCCCCAAAUAUGAGGAUCAACAUGCUUCCUCAGAAUUCGCAGUCACACUAAUUUCGCAGCAUCAACAGUUGUCAUUCAUAAAUGUAUUAAUUAAGGCUCUUGAGUGAGACACUCCAAACGCUUCGUAUGUAGUUAAACGUAACAGUUGUACAGAAGUCGUCACCGGUCUGUUACUACAACUCUAUGUUUAAACACGUCUUCUUAAUUUCUCUCUGUGCCUCUAAGAAUAAACUGAUUACCUUACAAAUUGCGCAUUUCUAAACCACUUGCUUCGACAAAACCUUUUCUAUUUUUGGUACUAACAAAAAAAAACACCAAUUAUUUUAUAUAUUUUUUUUUACAUCCUCACAACAUACCAUUAACUCUAAGAAUAAAUUUCAAUCAAUUAUCAUAAGCACUAUUUACCGAUACAAUGAAUUAAAUAUACGUUACACUAUUCUGACGCAUUUCAUUAAGUUGUUUCCAGCUUUGACAGUUUGCAGUAAUUCCUCUCCGUCUAAAGUUUUUUUGUUAAUAGUGUUGGAUAUAUAUUUUGUUGUAGUCGUAAAACAUGGGUUUUUUGGACCGUGAUUUCGGCGAUGUUCCCGGUAUAGCUGAGUAUUAUAAGGACAAAACAAUAUUCAUCACAGGCGGGUCAGGUUUCAUGGGCAAGGUUCUGGUGGAGAAACUCCUGUAUUCUUGCCCAGACCUGGACAGAAUAUACUUGCUUUUAAGAAGCAAUAAAGGAGUGGAUGCUGAGGAUAGACUGAAGAAUCUGUAUUCAUCCAGAUGUUUUGAUCGUCUGAGAAACGAAAAACCCGACGUUUUCGAUAAGAAAGUGUCAUUCAUCGCCGGUGACGUGGGCGAGCUCGGUUUAGGUAUCUGUGAUGAAGAUAGAGCACUGAUCAUAAAUAGGGUACACAUCGUAUUCCACGUGGCUGCUAGUGUCAGAUUCAAUGAUUCUCUGAAAGUAGCGGCGAGAUUGAACCUCCGUGGUACGAGAGAGGCUGUUGAAUUGGCUAAGGAAAUAAGGAAUUUAGAAGCAUUCGUCCAUGUGUCUACAUCCUACGCUAACACAAAUCGACAGUGCAUCGAUGAAGUCAUAUAUCCGGCAUCUGGGGACUGGAGAGACACUCUCGAAGUUAUCGAAAACGUAGACGAACACACACUGAAUGUUCUAACACCGAAAUAUCUGGACAAGCUACCGAACACAUACGUGUUUACCAAACAAUUGGCGGAGCACGUAGUUAAUGAACAAAAAGGAAAGCUGCCGAUAGUAAUCAUGAGACCUUCUAUAGUUAUAUCGAGUGUUAGAGAGCCUAUGGUCGGUUGGAUCGAGAACCUCAACGGGCCGGUUGCUAUAUUGAUAGCGAGUGGCAAAGGUAUUCUUCACACAAUGUACACAGACCCCAACCUCAUCUCAGACUACAUGCCAGUGGACAUAGCUAUAAAAGCUUUCAUAGCUGCCGCGUGGGCAAGAGGUACCAAAAAGCUGGAACCAACAGACGACAUACAUCUGUAUAACUGCUCAUCGAGCGAAAUCAAAGCGUUGACUAUGGGUCAGAUAGUUGAAUUGGGGAUGGAAAUAAGUAAAAAGAUCCCCUUGGAUUCGUUAGUAUGGCAUCCCUGCGGAGGCUUAACUUCAUCCAAGCUAGUCAAUUACGUAAAGGUCCUGCUAUUACACCUACUACCGGCUUUGUUAGUUGAUGGGAUUUUGAAACUAAUUGGAAAGAAGCCCAUGUUGACGAAGGUUCAGCGGCGUAUAUACGUAGCGAACCUGGCUCUAGAGUACUACGUCACCCAGCAGUGGACCUUCAAAAACGUGAACAUAGUUAAACUUCGGUCGAAAAUCAAGGAAGAGGAUUUGAAAGAAUUCUUCUAUGAAAUGGAAACUAUUGAUAUACAUGAAUAUUUCAUGAAUUCCUGCUACGGCGGAAAGCUGUACAUAUUGAAAGAGAAACUUGAAGAUCUGCCGGCAGCGAGAAUACAUUACAGAAGAAUGGAACUCCUGCAUAAAGUCGUGAUGACAAUCUUCAAGCUGUCUGUCCUCUGGUUCAUUUACAACACCAGCUUCUUCAGGGAUGUCAUGAAUAUGCUCUACGCCGUGUUUGUUGGUUGAUCCAGUUUUUUUAAUUGUGUUUUUAUUUUUCUUUAAUAUAAUGAAAAUAUAAUAAAUUAUAUUGCUC